AUGCACCUCCUCAAAACCGCCUCCCUCCUCCUCUCCGCCCUAACCACCCUGGUUGCCGCAAUCCCUGCCCCCUCUGCCUGCACAACCAUAACCCCCGUCUACGCCCGCGUCGACGAAGCGCAACCCGUGCAAUCCUACCUCCCAGACUUCCGCAUCAGCCAAGAAGCGGGCGGAACCAAGAAACAAGACACCUUCGUCGAAUUCACCGUCCCGCCUGGAAGCUGGGGCUGCACGCUGUCAUACUACUUCCCGGCAGGAUACGCAAUCAACACCGUCGGCCUCGCCCCCGUCGAAUUCUUCUCCGUGUCUGGCCCGCUGAGCCGGAGUCCACGCGGGAUCGAUAUCUCGUGGGCGUAUUGCCCCGCGCCGAUUUCGAUGGUGGGGACGGUCAAGUUUGAGAGCUCCCCGAGUCAGGGGACGUCGAGGGUGGUUAAUAGCUUUGCGUGUGCGUCGACUAUGACGUAUAGACUGAGUAUUUCCAAGGGGUAUACGGGCAAGACGAGUGUGGGGUUUGUGCAGAGUGCUUCGGCGGGGUUGAGGCUGAGUUAUAAUUGUUGAGUGUGUUUUUGGGUAUCCAGGGGACUGGCAGAGGGCCGGAGGAGAGAGGAGGGGGGCGGGUAAUUAGUUACGGCAGCGAGGCUGGGGAAGCAGAUUGCGAAUACAUUUUUUUCUGCGAUGCCCAGUGAUAUUUGGGAUCUUGGAGGCGAUUUAAUCAUCCUGUACUUACGUGGAAUCUCGCAUGCAUUACGUUAUCCUGCAGUUGUUGUAGU